UCAGUUGGAGUCCGGGCGGCGUCUGGUGAGGGUGCGCGGGCAGCGGACAGCCACCAUGUCGCUGAGAGACCUGCUGCUGUACGCCGCCGUGCCGGUGUCGGCUGAGACGGAGCGCAGCGCCGCACGGCACCGUCACGUGCACCACGUGCUGCGCGGAGACGGCGUACUGAGCCGCGUGUUUGGUCACGUGACGGCCAGCGCGGCCCAGGCCGCCACCUGCAGAGACGUCGGCACACUGACGACAGAAGACGAGCUACUCCCGGCAGCCUCAGCACUCUCCCACGGGCCCCAGGCCUGCCCAGCUGCCUUGCCUGAUCUCAUCCCCUCGCCGGACCCAUCCGUUCCCCCGGACCUGGCUCCUGACGACCCCACGCCGCCACCACCGCCGCCGCCGCCGCCACCUCCCCCGCCGUCUAGUGAGCUGCACUGGGCCCUCCAGCUGGUCCUGGCUCAAUUCCGCCCGGUGCCCCCGCCGCCGCCGCCCCCGCCCCGUAAGGGCGGCCGCAGCGCGCGGCGUGACCUGACCCGUGGCCGCGGCGCCCGGCCCCGGGAGAAGGCCGGCGGAGCUGGUAGCUCGGACGGCGCUGGAGCUGGAGCUGGAGCUGGAGCUGGAGCUGGAGCUGACAGGAGCGGCGCGGUGUCCACCACUCUGCGACACGUGGGAGAGGAGCUGCGCAGAAUCGCCGACCAGCUGCAGCUCAACAGACUCGUGGGCUGGCCAACGCACGAGGAGAUUCUGCGUGACGUCAUCGACCGUCACCCCCUGCUGUCGGGUGUGACCGGCUGCGCCAUGGUGGUCGGAGUCACGGCCAUCCUCGCCCGUGCCCUCAGGCCGUAGCGGGUCACAGACCUCUGACGUCACUGCCGAACGAAACGCUGAUUGGUGGAGUCAACAGGCGGUGGAUCCUUGCCAGUUCGGCUACAUGGAUAAUAAUGGAUGGAUAAUAAUGAGAACGAGGCUUUCAUUGCAGGAGGGAGAGAGUGUUUCGCGUUGCGCAUUUUUGUCGAUAUUCGUGCCGACGUGUUAUUCGUUCUGUUUUAUUUAGUUUCGCGGGCAUUUCGGCGCUGUUUUGUUUUUAUACAUUAGCGAUUGGCUGGUAAACCUACGCGAUGUCUUUCACGUUUGAGUUGUAGUAACUGAGUCGGCGCUGUAGCGAUGGUCUAGUCGCGCGUUUUGUCUCCUUGUGUGUAUGUAUGUGUGUGGACGGGCGCCUGGAGGGUACGGGGUGCCGCUGGCGGGUGCUACUGCCUGCUGACCUGCGGAGCCCCGCGCUGGGUGGGUGCCCGGUCGGCGCCCAACUGAUCUCUUCCUGUACAGUCGUUAGAGAGGGUUUUUCUGUGGCGAUUACCCACUGUCGGCAGUCCCCGAUCAAGGAGCGCUCAUUCAUAAUAAAUGGCCUUUGGUGACCCAUUUAUUAACAUCGUGCCACAGUCUUUCAUUGUAGGUGUAAAAUGGUCAUGCUGCGUUUGAUUUGACCGGCGACGCACUGCUUUUGGUGUGGCUGUAGAGUUUUCUAGUUAAUCAAAAGCGUGAUUUGUUUUGGCUUUAGUUAUUGCUCAGCGAAUGCAUUUUUAGCGUGUGACGAUAUUCUAAGACACCGACAUGAAAUGGCCUUGGAAACUGGAUCAAAGAUCACCAAGUGUAUGCAUUUACUAUGUAGUCUGUCUCCAUGGCCGAUAUUAGGCGAUAAGUAUGUGUAUUUUGUACAUAUAUGGCACCUUGCAACCAUCUGUCUUUCAUGUUUGUACCGUAUGCUUUCGUGUGCGAACGACCGAUUUCCGUUGUAUCGGCUGAUUUGAUACAUUUGUAUACCAUAUAUACCGAAAUACACAAAUUAAACCCCU